AUGAAGUCCGCCCUCGCGCGGAAGAAUGUCUUCCACACGUCGGCCGACGGUCAGGCCGUGGCGGUGGCGCCGCUGACCAUUUCCACGAGCGGCAUGGCACCGACGCUGCGCUCGGUCCAGGCGGUCUACCGACAGAAGGGAGCCAUCCGGCAGAGCGCCCCCCAGAAACACUGGCUGUUGAAUGGCCGCCCGGGGCAGAUCUGGUCGGUGAAUGUCAGCAUGACCCACACGUCGGCCACGCUGGUCAGCCACCAGGCCGGCGACAUUAGCUCGGUUCCCGCGCUGGCGCCCGUCCGGCAGUACACCCGGCGAUCGGUGGCCGUGCGCCUGCUCCCGGGCGGCACGCGCGCGCGCGUCACCCAGUACGAGCCGUCGGCCUUCUGCCUGCUGACCGGUGCCCCCCAGGAUCGCGACGACUACGAUUGCGAGAUCUCAUUCAUUGUUGACGUGCGGACCUGCCAGUUCCUGCGCCUGCACAACUCGGACGCCUCGCUGCAGGCCUCGGUCGCCAAGCGCGUGGCCCGACUGCGCGAUCGCCUCACCCAGGCCACCCCGGCCGAUGGCGCCGAGGACUACCUCAGCAUGCCGACCAUCAACACCGAGCACAUCCUCGAGGAGAUUGAACGCGACGCGCGCGCGCUCUGGAACUACCUCUGCGCGACGUGGCUCAGCCCGGACACGCUGACCCCCAAGCACGAUGCCAAUGUCGGGUACAUGCCGCCCGACGGGCGGAAGUCCCUCUACGCGCGCUUGGCCCUCAACUCCGACAAGGCAGUUUGCUCGCACCGGAUUGCGCACGAGCUGUCGCGCAUCGAGAGUGGCAAGCUGGCUGGCGCCGGGGCCUCCACCGGGUCCGACACGCCCCCCAGCAGCCCGGCCACCCCGCUGACGGCCACCAUCAAUGUCACCAGCUCCAGCUGGUCCCAGGUGACCGAGGGCUAUCUGGAGGAGAAUACCCUCCUGCCGCUGGCGGUGGAGGUCCGUGACACGGUCAAGGCCGAGUUCACGCAGCAUGUCCGCCUUCGGCCGGGGGCCGGGCCCAGCGACUCGAAGAUGACCCUGUCUGGCAGCCCGCCCAUGUUCUUUGUGUCCUUCCAUGCGACACGCUACUGGCUGGACUGGUCGGACGCGCACUACAGCACCAACCUUACCCAUACACGCCUGCAGCCGCUGGUGGCCAACUUCGACACGAGCUGUGUCGGCCGGUAUGCGUCGCUCUCGCGACAGCUCCCCUCCGCCUCGCCGGAUCAGGAGGCCCUCAUCCGGGAGGCCUUCGAUGCGAUGCUCGGCGUGAGUGACCUGAUGCGUGACUGCGCCGGGGAUGCCUUUGCCAGUGUCAUCAGCUCGCCGAUCACCGAUGGGUCGGGGGGCGGCGGUGCGGCCGGGACCGGGGCCGCGGCCGAUGCCCUGUCCGAUCUCUUCAUCAGCCACCGCGGCUUCCGAGCCAGCCUGGAGCAGCUGGGCCUGGAGCAGCGCCUCGGCAUGGCCGGCGACUGGGACAUGCUGGUGCAGUCGCUCUUCGCCCAGGCGGAUCGGGACCAGCGCGGGCGCAUCGACUACUCGGAUUUCCGGGCGUUCUUCUGUGCCCCGCCGGCGCCGUCGGCGGCGUCCUCCGGGCGCGCCAGCCGACCGGUGUCCCUCCUGGCGGGCUCGCCGCUGCGCGAUGGCUCGACCACCCCGCUGGACGAGGACGACGUGAAUACGCCCUUCGGCUCGGAUGACGAGCUCUCGGCGCAGGACAGCCUGGUGGUGUACAUCCGGUCAUCACAAUGUCUGGAGCGCCUGGCCAAGCUCCCGCUCGAGGGGAACCUGGCCAAGGUCGGGGGGGAUCUGAAGAGCUGGCGCAAUCGCCUGCGCUUGCACUGGCAGACACGGUUCUGCACACUCGACCGGCGCAGUCGCGAGCUCCGGUACUACAGCGACAUGCAGGAUGCCCGCGAGGCCGGCGCCUGCCAUUCGCCGAUGGCCGAGUCGCCGCUGGCGCGGAAGGCUGCCGCCAUGGCUGCCGGGGGCGCCGACACCGGGGGCGAUGCCCCGCGCGGGGUCCUCCUGCUGGACCACGCAACCGGGGUCACGGCCACCGAUGCCUACCGGCGAGACAAUGCCUUCCAAGUGUCGAUCCGGUCGGGCGCCGGCACUGGCGGCGGCGGCGGCGGCGGCGGCGCCGAUGCCGGCGCCGGCAGCUCCGCCACCGGGGAGUCAUCCGAGCGGACGUAUGUCUUCGCGUGCAAGAACCGCGAGCAGCGGGAUCUGUGGAUCCGAUCGCUGGACCGAAUCAUCCGCGCCGGGCAGGAGGCCUCCCGCGGGGCAGACCACCUGGGCCACAUGCACACCCGGCAGGUGGAGUACAAUCGGCUAUUGUCGCUGAGCUUUGCCCGGCUCGGGGUGGCCAUCGCCUGCAUGGUUCGGCGGAUGGCCACCCCGCCGGAGCCCGGGCUCACGGUGACCGGCGGUCUGCGCGUGCGAUUGCGCUCGGCCGAGGGGCUGGCCCGGCGGGCUGGCGGUGGGGCUUCGCCCGGGCUGGCGGAUCUCGGCGGCUCCCCCGGGGCACCGGGCCCGGCCAUGCACCAGUCCCCGGUGCAGCAGGUCCCCGCCACUGGGGCCCAUUUCUCGGUGGACCUCUUUGUGGAUGGGGUGCUGGCGGCCCGGUCGCGGCCGGCCCCGGUCGACCCGCACUCCGACCACACCGGGGUCACUUGGCCGGACGCGGUGCUGGAUGUUUCGCUGCAUGCGGCUCGGCAGCUGGUAUUUGUCCUGCGCGAGCAGCAGCCGGCGGCCGGGACACUGGUCACCCCCGGCACCACCGCCGCCGCCGCCGCCGCCGCCGCCACCGGGCCCGCGGCCUCCAUGGUGGAUUUGGCAUCGCUGUCGCCCUCGACCACGGCCAUGUCCCUGGUUGGCGGCGGCCCGGCCAGUCGGCCGACAUCGGUGUACUAUGCCCCGGCCCCGGCGGCCCAUUCCAUCCCGCAGGUGGAUGCCGCCAUCAACCCGAGCACUGACCUGCAGCUGGCUUCGUCAUCGGUGCUGCUGGGCGGCGGCGACCACCGGGGCAUGGGGCUGCUGCUGGUGGGGUGUCUCCCGGACCCGGGGCAGUCGUCCUUCGGCGGGCCGGUCGAGCACCCGGUGGUGCUGGCUCUCCUCGGGGGCGGGGUCCUGUGUCUGGACAUCGGGGUGACGGUCACGCCGGCCGAGCACCAUGUCCCCGGUCGCGGGGUGCAGCUCGUCGGCGACACGCUGCCCGGGUUCUCCUUCCGCCCGGCGCCGAGCCCCUUCGCGUCGGCCCUGGCGCCGCCGCCCUCGCCGCUGACGGAGUCGGUGUUUGGCCACCCGCUGGACGCCCGGACCACGGCCGUCAUGCGGUGGCUGAUUGCCGCCGUGGAGAAGAGCGCCGGCCUGACCGAGGAGGGCAUCUACCGUCUGUCCGGGUCCCUGACUCAGGUCCAGGCCUUCCGCGACAUGAUCGCGCACUCUUCCGAUUCCAGUGGCAUUUCUCUGCCUGGGGAUGUGCACGUGGUGGCGGCCACCCUGAAGCUUCUGCUGCGCGAGCUGCCGGUUCCCCUGCUGGCGGAUGCGACACAUGCGGCCCCCUUUGAGGCGGCUGUCGGUACGUGACAUGCCUGGUCCACGCCUGCCUGUCCCUGCGUGUCUCCCCCCAUGCGUGCGCAUGUGUGUGCCUGCGUGUCUGACCUUGGGCCAAAAAAAAAACACCCACCCCUCCUCCGGGGCCGCCUUCGGGGCGCUGGGCCGCACCUGCACACACGCACACAGAGUCUGACCAGCCCCAUACGGUGGUUGUGAAGCUCGUGUCUGAGGCGGUGGCCCUCCUGCCUCCGGACCACUUCGACGCGGUGUGCUCGCUGAUGGGCCACCUGCACCGCGUCAUCUCCAACAGCAAGACCAACCUCAUGACGAGCAGCAACAUCUGCACCUGCUUCGCGCCGAACCUCUUUGGCGGGUCACUGGCGCCGGGCCGCGGCGGGGGGGCUCUCCUGCCCCCGGCGGCCGGGCUGCCGACGACCCCGGCGGAUGCGGCAUCGCUCAUGGCUCAGGUGGCCGCGCUGGACGUCGCCACCGGGCCGGGCCCCUCGCAGCGGAAUGUCCAGAACCGGACGCAGGCAUUCGUGAUCAUGAUUGAGAACUGGCCGCACAUCGCCAAGCUGCUGGAGCUCAGUUAAUGCCCGUCGGCCAUGGUGUGUAUAAUACACGCGCGCAUAGAGAAAGAGACCGAGAGUCGCCCCCGGGACCAGCUCGCCGUUGGGGCGCGGGGAGGGGACCGGGCGCGGGCAUA